UGUAUGUGUAGAUACUGUGCAGCAUGACGUGGGUUGGAAUGGCUCAACAAAUGGCAUAAGUGAAGAUGUAUAGCCAUAUCCGGAUUUGACCGAGGAAUGAGUGACGAGACGUGGCUCUGUUUGCCAACUACGGCGAGAGUUGUUGCUGUGGAAGCAGCAAGUCCUCCCACUCGUCCUCGUCCUCCUACCCCAUGUUCAUCCCCGUCCCCAUGUCUCACGGCAGCAGCGGCGGCGGCAGUCACACCAACUUCCUCCCCAUCAUCCUCACCACAGGCGGUUAAUCUGACCAGAGAGAAGAUUAACUGCCCCAGCUCCAGAAACUGUUGUGCUUUCAGGAGGCUUGUGCCACGGAAUAAAAAUAUCAAAAGACAUAAUAGCGUUAAUGUUGUCUUCACCGCCAUACAACCAUGUCAGUAG